AUGUGGCCGACGGUAGAGGCAGUGGACGUUCGCGAGGCGGUGUGGUUGCUGACCGUGCACGACUACGGGGAUCUAGAGAGGGCUACAUCAGGUUUCUCGGAGGAGCGGCGCAUCGGGAACUCGUCGGUCUACCGCGCGGUGAUCAACGGUGGCGCCUCGGCCGUGAAGCGCGUGCACGGCGACGAUGUCGGCGCUGAGACCGAGGUGAACGUCCUGGGGCGCCUGAAUCACUCGAGCCUCAUCAGCCUGUCAGGCCUCUGCGUGCACGGUGGUAACACGUACAUGGUGUUUGAGUUCGCCGAGAACGGCGCGCUCAGCGACUGGCUCCACGUCGACGGCGGCGGCGAGGUGCUCGGGUGGAGCCAGCGCGUGCAGGUGGCGCUGGACGUGGCAGGCGGGCUCAACUACCUGCACAACUAUACCGACCCUCCCUACGUGCACAGGAAUCUCAAUACCAGCAACAUCCUCCUCGACGCGUGCUUCCGCGCAAAGCUCUCAAACUUCGGCCUCGCGCGCGCGAUCACCAUCGACGACGAUGCCAAGGACGGCGGCCUGUGGAUGACCCGGAACGUGGUGGGCACACAGGGUUACCUAGCGCCCGAGUACGUGGAGCACGGGCUGAUCGGCCCCCAGCUCGACGUGUUCGCGUUCGGCGUCGUCCUGCUUCAGCUCUUGUCAGGGAAGGAGGCGGCGGUGGCACCACCAGACAACGACGGGAAGAUGGUGCUGCUUUGGGAGGAGGCGGAGCGGCUGGGCCGCCUGGGCGACGGCGACGACGCCAAGGACGACCUGCUGGACAGGGUGACGGCGUUCAUCGACGGCCGGCUUCACGGGCAGUACCCGUUGGACGUGGCGGUCGCCAUGCUCGCGUUGGCGUUGAGGUGCGUGGCUCGGGAGCCCCGGGUGCGGCCGCCCAUGGCCAAGCUGCUCCUUUCGCUGUCGGGGAUGUACAGUAGUACAAUUGGACCCUGA